UCAAUUCAAUGGAGUAAUGGUUGAUGAUGGGGUUUUUCAAAAAAAAAGAAAAACCUGUCCCAAUGCUAAUAAUUGAAGACUUUAUUUAGCAUUUAUGUUAUACAUAAACCAACAAAAAAUAUGAAUUUAUAGACCAAGAAAUGCAAUCACCUUGGAUAAGAGAGGCCUCUAAAGCCUGUUGUUCAUCUUCUGGUUGUUGUCCAAAUCCCUUCCUUGGUUUUCCCCAUUAUGUUGAAGCUUCUUCUUCUUCUUCAAAACCCCAAAGUGCUGCUGCAUCACGUUACCAAUUCGAGGUUAGCACCACUUCUUCUCUCUACCCUCAUUUCCAUUUCACCAACCAUGAAUCUCUCCCUUCAUAUCAUGAAUCCUUUGCUUGUUUCAACAAAGUUUACCCUCACUAUUCCCAGACGGAUGAAGCUGAUAAGAUCCGAGCUAGUGAAUACCCUCAUUUGGAUUCGAGUGUUGCUUGUUUUGAUUACAUUGGCCAUGGUCUUUUCUCUUAUUCUCAGCUUCAAGGGUCACCGUUUUUUGAUAUUUGUUGUAAGUCAAUAAACUUGAAUUCUCAGCUUUUAUAUGGUGAAGAAACUGAGUUUCAGUCUGGGAUUAAGAAAAGGAUUAUGAGUUUUAUGAAUGUUUCAGAAACUGAUUACACCAUGGUUUUCACUGCUAAUCAAGCUUCAGCUUUUAAGCUUUUGGUUGAAUCUUAUCCUUUUGGGUCUAAUCAAAAUCUUCUCACUGUUUAUGAUUAUCAAAGUGAAGCUAUUGAUGUAAUGAUUGAGAGAGCCAAAAAGAGAGGAGCAAAUUGCAUGUCAGCUUGUUUUUCAUGGCCUAAUCUGAAAAUUCAAACAGAGAAGUUAAGGAAGAAGAUAAUAAAAAAAAGAGGGUUAUUUGUCAUUCCACUUCAAUCGAAGGUUACUGGGUCUAGAUAUUCAUAUACAUGGUUGAGUUUAGCUCAAGAAAAUGGAUGGCAUGUAUUGCUUGAUGCAACUGCAUUAGGUGCUAAGGAAAUGGAGACUUUAGGGCUUUCAUUGUUUGACCCUGAUUUCCUUAUUUGUUCAUUUUUCAAAGUUUUUGGUGAAAACCCAUCCGGGUUUUGCUGCUUGUUCAUCAAGAAAUCCAUUGGUUCAUCUGUUUUGAAAGGUUCAACCACUAAUGUUGGGAUCGUGAGCCUUGUCCCGCCAUUGAAGCUAGAAGCACCCAAAGGAAAGGCACCAUUGCAUGAAAUUGAGGAAAUAAUAGAUUCAAGAACCAGCAACACCCUACAAUGCAAGGCCUUGGACCAUGCAGAUUCAUUAGGUCUUGUACUAAUAAGUAGCAGAACAAGGAGCUUGAUUAACUGGCUGGUGAAUGCAUUGAUGAGUCUCCAACAUCCACAUUCAGAAACUGGAAUCCCUGCUGUCAAAAUCUAUGGUCCAAAAGUAAUGUUUGACCGAGGUCCAGCAGUGGCUUUCAAUGUAUUUGAUUGGAAAGGGGAAAGGAUUGAUCCUGCAUUAGUGCAAAAACUGGCUGAUAGGAACAAUAUUUCAUUGAGCAUUGGGUGUUUACAACACAUCUGGUUCAGUGAUAAACAUGAAGAAAUGAAGGAAAAAGAUAAGUUUCAGCCUGGGAUAGAUGUUGUUACAGCUGCAAUUGGGUACCUUACUAAUUUUGAAGACAUUUAUAGGCUUUGGGUAUUUGUUUCAAGGUUCUUGGAUGCUGAUUUUUUAGAUAAAGAGAAAUGGAGAUAUAAAGCUCUUAAUCAAAGAACAAUUGAAAUUUAGUCCCAAAACUUGUUAAUUCUUUCAUUCUUUGUAUAUUAUUGUCUGGUAUGAAACCUUUGUUGUUUUACUCUUUUUUGGGGAAGCAAGGUUCUUUAAUCA